AUGGCACCCCCGACGAGACAAUUUCACAGGCUCUCAAUCGGUCAGACUAUGCCUGAAACUCGUGCCCAAUCGUCCCUAACCCCUCGAGUGGCGGGGCAUCCAGACCCUUCCGACAACGAUGACGACAGUGAUCGUGGGAAUCAAGAUGGCGAUGACUCUCCUGUGGAGAGCUCUAGCGAGGAGGACGAGGAUGAGGAUGAUGACGAAGACGAAGAUAGCAGUGAGGAGGAAUCUACUCGCGCGUCAACCGUCCGGACGCGAUCCGGGAUCACUUACGAUUUGAGACACUUGGAUACCGAAUCCGAGGCCAAGGCUAUGCUAGGUUUGACGGGCCAAUUCGAAGUUGUCAACUGCGGUGCUACAUCAUCGGGCUAUGAUUUUCAACUCCUCGAUCGACCACGAGUGCACAUUGGGUCUGGUCCGCCUACUUGUACCUGCACGACCUUCCAGAGUCGACCGGGGGUGGCUUGUCACCACAUCUUCUGGCUCCUCGAUCAGCUCCAUGGCUGCUUCCUUCCUGAUCCUGCCUCGACGGAGUUAGCUCUUUCCCACGAUGGCCGGCCCCGUGUGCGUCCGGGCAUUGAGGACCUUCUGAAUGGUCAGCUAGAAGCGGUAGCAGACCGUCUCAAAUGGCCGUACCUUCGGGUUGAAGGCGAUGGGAGAACUACGGGCAUGAUGCGUGCCGAAAAAGUACGAGACGUCCUCUCUGCAUUCAGUCCGAAGGUCCUGCCCGAGGAUUUUCGUCAGGAUCUGGUCGAAACGACAGCGCAGACGCGGACUCCGGAACAAUGCGUAGUUCAAGGUGAUUUCGAGGCGACAAUUUUUCGGCUCGCGGUUCACGAUGACAGCGUUUUCACGAGCAUGUGCAAGGCCAUGCCCUCCGGGGCAUGCGCGGCGAUCUAUUUUGACAAAGUACAGGAGCAGUCACGUCGACUCUUGGCUGAUUUCGACCGCUACUGUGCGACUGGGGAACGCCCUGCACACUCUAGCAGCCCUCUCAAAGGACCGCUCGAGGUAGAUGAAGUUGUUCAACAGCUACACCGCUCAGUCUCUCGUAUCCACGCGAACAUUGCCCUCCGCGCGCCGUACGGUUCCGAAGGUGCCGCGAAAGCCCUCGUCUCUAUUCUCGAAGCGAUUGCCGCUCGCAACAAGGAUGCGUUGGAGGGGAAUACCUGGGGCCGGGCCUCCUUCCAUGGUGAAGAUGAGGAUCAGCGCAAUCUAUAUCACUUGCUCAUUGGGUCCGAUGAUAUGGAUUUAGACCCGGAUGCAGAGCUGUUCGUCAUCGAUGCGCUGUUUGCGCUCCCUCCGACUGAUCUUGCACAGCAUAUUCCCAAGCUGCUGGAAAUUCGGAGCAAGAUUGAGGUCAAUCGGGCGCCGAAGCAGUUCCUGAUUCGGCUGGGGGCCUUGAUCCGACAAACUGAAUCGGCCAGUGCAGGUGCCGCGUCGGGAUCGGGUCAAAUGGGCUCUGGACAGAAGCGACCGGCGGCUGGGAAUUCGAGAGGUUAUUCGAAGCGGAGUCGCUAG